AAGCAAACUUAAAUAUGAAUUUUCAUAUAUAUAAAUUACUUAUUUCAAUUUUUCCUGUCAUACCACAGUAGUGUCGGCGACAAAACUACCUGUCGUACGAGCCUGAUGUUUAUUUAAAAUAACGGUAAAGACGUCGAAUGUUGGUACGAGAUCUCAAAUUAAAAGUAAACUAGCCUUGUGUUUACUAAAUCGCCAACCAACCUGAGCCGAAAAAUCGACCCAUUCGUGGCAGCCAUGCAGAUCGCUACGGUUCUUGUCUUAGCUAGACUUUUGUGUGUCGAAAAUACGAUGAUAUCGAGGAAUUACAAAAGAGACCUGAUUACAGUCGAUGAAGACCGGACUCAGCGUUAUCCAUUUUUUAAUGUCGCUUUUGUAGCGAAAUCAUCUGAUGACAGUGAUGACGAAGAGGAUAACGAAGGAGAAAUUGCGUCAGAUUCCAAUGAAAAAGAAAUAUUAGACAGUUCCGAGAACACAAAAAUACUGGGAAAACUUAAAGAGCCGUGCGCGAUCGUGGUACGUUCUAACAUUCAUCCGACGAUGCAAUCGCUGCUGCGCAAAUACAGAUACGAUGCAAAAGGUGCACUGAUUCCCAGCAGUGUUAGAUACUUCAUAAAGGUGCCGCAAGGCCUCGGAGCGCCGUUACUGGUUCCUCUAAAUGACCAAACUGUAUCGCAUCUAGGAGGUUACGUGAGGUAUUAUAAAGAAGUUCCGCCAAUACCGCAAGCCUUAUAUUCAAAACGGAAAUUACAUAGUUAUUUGAAGCAGUAAAUGUGAGACUAUUGUAUAAUAAUAUAUUAUUGACCACGAUUAUAAAGCUGGCCCAAUAUUCACCUUUAUUUACAACGGCCCGUUAAAGUCACGGAUGAUUGGUGACCCAUUGAUUGACAAAUCAAUGGUGAUUGAGAUUGUGUACUCUUUCAUCAAAGAGGUUUUUUUAUUUUUAACUUUAUUAAUUACCUUCUCGCAAUAUUAAAGCAAAUCCACUAUGCUUGCGACUAUCAUUCGGCAACCUAUACUCAU